UGCUGUUGCAUAGACCACAUAAAAAUUUGGAUAUUGCAUUAUUCAGAACUUUGACGGUAUUGGUAGGUUCUUCUUUUUCAUUUUUCCAUAGUUGCAAAUUAUUUUUGGACAUUCAUCUUGCAUGAAUAAAUAUUUUCAUACUUUGAUCUUUUCGGCAGCCAAAUCAGCGACUGAGAAUAUUUUAUCUCAGAAUAACUUGAUAUUUUUAUGCUCACCAACAAAAAUAUUCAAAUUGUUAUUAUGAGUCAGCGCAUUACAACACUCUGCGAUGUUAUUUCAUUUAAUUUUUUCUACAUUUUACUAUCUAUAGUCCACUGUAGUAUAAUGGCUGACGUUUACGAUAAUAUUCGUAAGUUAUCUGAGGUCCAUGGAAAUCCAGGAACCUCGCAGAUCACGUAUGGAACAGCUGGAUUUCGUGCCAAAGCAAAUAUAUUGGACCAUGUAUUCUUCAGAAUGGGUCUUCUUGCUGUCUUGAGGUCAAAGUUCAAAUCAGCAACAAUUGGACUAAUGACAACUGCUUCUCAUAACCCAGAGGAAGAUAAUGGAGUGAAGCUAGUCGAUCCAAUGGGUGAAAUGUUAGAAGAAUCAUGGGAGUCCAUCGCAACAGAACUUGCCAAUGCUAGUAAUGAUGAUUUAGUCAAUGUUUUGAAAAACAUUGUAGAAAAAUAUAAAAUCAAUUUGGAAGUUUCAGCAUCAGUUGUAGCUGGAAGAGAUACCAGGCCAAGUAGCAUAACUCUCAGUAAUGCAGCAAAGGAUGGAGUAACUGCAUUCGGUGCAAAAUAUGAAGACUUCGGACUCCUGACUACUCCUCAACUUCAUUAUUUGGUAGUUUGUAAAAAUACCGAUGAAAAAUAUGGAACAGCAACAGAAGAAGGUUAUUAUAAGAAAUUAUCUGAUGCGUUUUCAUUUGCUCUGGGAGAGAAAUCGUGUAGCGGGGACCUCACUGUUGACUGUGCUAAUGGCGUUGGUGCGCCAAAGUUGAAAGAGUUUUCCAAGCACAUUUUAGAAAAACUGAAAAUUAACAUUGUAAAUGAUGGGACCAUUGGCAAGUUGAAUGAAAACUGUGGAGCUGAUUUUGUUAAAAUACAACAGACUGGCCCUUCAGGAAUCACAAUCAAGCCGAAUGAAAGGUUUGCGUCUUUUGACGGCGAUGCUGAUCGAUUGAUAUAUUACAGUGCAACAGAUGAAGGAAAGUUUGGUAUGUUAGACGGCGAUAAGAUUGCUGCUCUGAUUGCUUCCUUGUUCAAAGAGCUACUGCAAGAGGCAAACAUUUCACUUGAAGUUGGAGUUGUGCAAACAGCUUAUGCCAAUGGAAGUUCUACGAAUUACUUGACCGAUAAGUUAAAGAUUCCUGUUGCCUGUACUAAGACUGGAGUGAAGCAUUUGCAUCACAAGGCAAAAGACUUUGAUAUCGGAGUUUAUUUUGAAGCAAAUGGGCAUGGAACGGUAAUUUUGAAACCAGAAGCAGAGGACAAGAUCCGACAAGCAAGCACGAACAAAGAAUCGACUGAAUGUCAGUUGAAAGCCUCAAAGAAAUUGACUCAUUUUAUUGAUUUGAUAAAUCAGACUGUUGGUGAUGCAAUGAGUGACAUGUUAGUAGUUGAAGCAAUUCUAUGCAACAGAGAUUGGUCGAUUAAAGAGUGGAGUCAGAUUUAUACAGAGCUGCCAAACAGACAACUUAAAGUUAAAGUGAAAGAUCGAUCAGUUGUAAAAACCACUGAUGCAGAACGAAAAUUAACCAACCCUGAAGGUCUACAAGCUUUGAUAGACGAUGUCGUAUCAAAAUAUCCCAAUGGAAGAUCAUUUGUCAGACCUUCUGGCACUGAGGAUGUUGUCAGAGUAUAUGCUGAGAGUGACACACAGGAAAACGCUGACAAACUCGCUGAUGAAGUGAAAGAACUUGUGAAGGAACAUGCUGGCGGAAUUUAAUAAUCCUUUAUUCUGUGUAGAAUUUGUUUCAAAUAUUCUGCCCAAAAGUCGGUCAGAACUUGCGCUUCAGCUCAAAAAAAAUUAGUCAGUUAAUCCAUGCAAAAACAGUAAUUUGAAAGGAAAACAAACAUAAUUUAUCAGUAAUAUUUGGACUAUCCAGACUAGCAACUAUCAGUAGUCUGAUUUUUUGUGUGUUUAAAUUUUAUUGCGCAAAAGUAGUGAAUGUCGAUUUUUUUUUUUUUUCAGCCAAUAAGAUCGAAACGAUAGCAUACAUAAAUAUGGUACUGUGAAAAUAAUCGGGAUAUCCGAAAGAAAAGCAAGUCUUGAAAAUCAAUUUUGUGUACAAGUCCUUAUGUAUUAAAUCCUGAUUUAAGUUCUGGGUUUCUAAAAUUUUAAUGAUUCGUGUUCCCCUUCUGCAGACACCAAGAAACACUUGUACCCAUCCCGACUUCAUGAGCUCAAAGGUCGGUUUGAGUUACCCUGAACCAGUGGUGAGCUGCAGCCGAAACGCACCGGAACCGCGUUACGGUUGUUGGACAUUUUACUGCAUUUGCGUUCCUGUUGUUGAAAUAAAAUUAUGGUAUAAAGUCUAGUUUCUCUGGUAAACUUAGUUAUUAAUUUAUGGUUUGUUACAUCAUAUUAAGUCUUUUUACGUCAUAUCAAUAAUUAGUACAGCAGUAACGUGUAUUAGAUGUUUCCCCGACCUUUAACCCCAUGAAUAUUCAUUCUAUACCUUUUCAAUAAUAAGAUUUGUAUUGAAUUGCUAUGAAUACUCUUGUAAUUUUACACGAACAUAUUUCAUAUAAGUUCAUUGCAGUUCUGUAAACGUCCGUGUCGUGUUAUAUUACAUUUUUGCGAAUUUGGUGCGUUCCGGCUGUUACGAUUUUUCCAGCUCAUCACUGCCCUGAACCAGUUAGUACUAUUUUACAACAACUAUGCCUUCCUAUUAUGCAGUGUGUUUAAUUUGCAGCGUGCAAUCUCACUAAUUCGUCAUUUGAUACAAUUCAACAGCUGCAAUACAAUUUCCGUUCUUUAUAUUUUUAUAUCCUAAGAAUAGAACAAUGUAUCGGCCUAAAUAUAGAGCUUGUAUAAUUA